AUGAAAUGUAGGAAAUCUGUUUCUGGCAGGGGGGAAAAUCGUUUUCCCAAACAGCACCGAGAGGAGCCAUCAGAGAAGUAUGAAGAGGGGCAGUGCGGCUGUAGCUGCUGCCGCUGCCGCCGGGCUGCUGGGGUGCGGAGCGCGGCUGCUGCAGGACCUGCGCCGGCAGGGGGCCGGCCCCGAGACGCUGCGGGAGCCCAGCCGGGAGCCCCGGCGCCCCUGAGAGCCGCCAGCAGCCAGCUCCGGACGCGGGGUAUUACAAGUGGAUAAAUGAUGUGCACUGCUCUGAGCCCAAAGGUACGCAGUGGACCUGGCCUUUCUGAUAUGCAUCAGUAUAGCCAAUGGCUGGCCAGCAGACAUGAAGCGAAUUUGCUACCGAUGAAAGAAGAUCUGGCCUUGUGGUUAACCAAUCUAUUAGGGAAGGAGAUUACGGCAGAAACUUUUAUGGAAAAAUUGGAUAAUGGUGCCUUGCUCUGUCAACUUGCAGAAACCAUGCAGGAGAAAUUCAAAGAGGGCAUGGAUGCUAACAAGCCUACAAAGCGUCUGCCUUUGAAGAAGAUUCCAUGCAAAGCCUCUGCGCCCUCAGGCUCCUUUUUUGCCAGAGACAACACAGCAAAUUUCUUAUCCUGGUGCCGAGAUUUAGGGGUAGAUGAAACCUGUCUGUUUGAAUCUGAAGGUUUGGUCCUCCACAAGCAACCCAGAGAAGUGUGUCUCUGUUUGCUAGAGCUUGGCCGGAUUGCAGCCAGGUAUGGUGUGGAACCUCCUGGUUUGAUAAAAUUGGAAAAAGAGAUUGAACAAGAAGAAACACUUUCUGCCCCUUCUCCUUCACCUUCUCCUUCAUCAAAGUCUUCUGGAAAAAAGAGUACGGGGAACUUACUGGAUGAUGCAGUGAAGCGAAUUUCUGAAGACCCUCCUUGCAAAUGCCCAAACAAAUUCUGUGUGGAGAGGCUCUCCCAAGGAAGAUACCGAGUGGGAGAAAAGAUCCUCUUCAUUAGGGGUCUUCAUGGUUGUGACUAUGUCUCCACAGCCAAAGCAAAGCAGACAUUUAAGAUGCUGCACAACAAACAUGUCAUGGUCCGUGUGGGAGGAGGAUGGGAAACUUUUGCAGGGUAUUUGUUGAAACACGACCCCUGCCGGAUGCUGCAGAUCUCCCGUGUGGAUGGCAAAACAUCCCCCAUCCAGAGCAAAUCUCCAACUCUUAAGGACAUGAAUCCAGAUAAUUACCUGGUCGUCUCUGCCAAUUAUAAGGCUAAGAAGGAGAUUAAGUAAAACUAGUUGGUCACUACAAGGGGACUCUCCUAAUGGCCUGUACCCAUUUCUCCAGUGUAGUUAGUUUAGUUCACAUGCUCUGACAAUUACUUUGGAAAAAGGCGUAACAGCCAGAAAAAUGUCAUUAUUAUUGAAAAAUGUUCAAAGAGUAGCACUAUUUAUUUUGAUGCUUCUGUAGAACAUGACCAAUUAAAAGAAAUUCUAGGCUCAGAUUUAAACUAGAAAAAUUGUAGGCAAAUUGUUAUUUCUUGAUAUGUGAACACAGGAUUUAGUACACAGUACUAGAAGUACAAUUCUAGCUAGAGAUAAAAACUAUUAGAAGAAAAUACUUAGGAUUUAUAGAUAAGUCAACAGAAAGUGCCUGCUUUAUGUCUACAAAGUAAAAGCACCCCAGACAUUUUUAUAAUUGCAGGAUUUUUAAGCUAAUUUUUAAAAAGUGACAAUUAAUGUGAUAACGUGCUACUAAAAAUAUUCAACAGCACUACAAAUAAGUACAGAGUGUUCAUAACCAUAACACUUUACUGGAAAGGCCACUUCAGAAAAGUUUACAUUCACUUGGAAGAUUGCCUUAAAGUUUAUUCCUUAUCUAUGACCAAAUAUCUGGGGUACUUUUGGAAGUUUUCAGUACACCCCUUAGAGAAUUGCUUAUGAAGUGUUUCACACAUUCCUAAGCACAUGGCUGUGUUGAGACCGACUUAGUGUAUUUCACACACAUAAGCUGACAUACGUUUAUAUUUUGACAGAAUAAAUUGUACAGUCCAAUGUUCAUUGACUUCAUGUUAUUUUAAAGCAUUUUCUUAUGAAAAUAUACCUUUAGUUAAUCCUACUUUGCUAUGCUGUCUAGUAAAGUAAAUUCACUGUAGCUGAUGUUACAGACGUAUGUAUACCCUUGUAUACCUAGGACAGGGCUGUUGUGUACCCAUAAACAGCAAACUAUUGUCCUCACUGAUUCAAGAAUUAAAAAGAUAAAUUUAAAAAAA